AUGUCGGUGGAUGAUAAUUUAUUUAACGAUCAAAAUAAUGAUAUGCUAGAUGCAAACGAUGAGGACGAAGAAAUGGAAGACACUGAGAUCAAUAAUAACGAAUACGGUGAAGAUGAAGAGGAGGAGGAAAAUGAAGACGACGACGAGAAUGAUGAGAAUAAUGAGGAGGAUGAAGAUGAAGAUGACGAUGAAGAUGAUGAUGAUGACGACGAUGACGAUGACGACGACGAAAAUGAAAAUGAAGAAGGUGACGAAGAUGAGGAAAGAGCCAAAUUCGUCGAUGCUCGUGAAUCGAAUGACUCUGAACUGCAGGCAGAUGCUAAGAAGGAUAAGGAUAAUAUGAUAGUUGAUCAAUCUGAUGCGACAAACGACGAGCAACGUCAAAAAGAAGCAGAUAAACAAGAUUCAUCGAAGACAACAUCAGAACAAGACCAAAACGAAAUAGACGCAGAAAACAAUUUAAACCAUGUGUCAAGGGAAACUAUAAGAGAGAAUUUAAUAAUAAAGGCUAAGGAAUCAAAAGAGUUUGAUAUAAUUCCUUCCGUAGCUAUUCCUUAUACAUCUGAGUGUCAUGCAUUAGCAUUUACUGAUGGUCCAAAAUGGAUUUUAACUGGUGGGGAAGAUGGAUUUAUCAGAAAAUACGACUUUAUUGCAUCUAUAGAAGGGAAGUCACCAUUAACGAUGGCCCAGAGACACAAUUUGGUUGACUCCAUAACAAAGGCUGGUGUAAUUUCAUCGUACUGGGAAAAUGAGCAACCUUUAACUAAAAAACAGAUGAUGAAGUCUAAUCCCAAGUUAAAGAUAAGUGAUUUUAGCACAGGUUCCGUGAGUUAUGAACCAAAGGUGAAUCCAGUAUAUUCGCUAGAUGUAGAAAGAAAUGGCUAUUGGUGCCUUUCGGGAUUAUCAUCUGGUGGUAUUUCAUUGUAUACUAUGAGAUAUAAUGAAGGAAAUAUCCAUCAUUAUUUCAAGCAUUCGCCUAAAAAACAAAGCCCUACCCUAGAAAAUGGACAUAAUGAUGCAGUAUCUGUAUUGAAGUUAAAUACGGAACAAAAAAGAUUCCUCUCUGGAUCUUGGGAUAAAACAAUUAGAGAGUGGGAUUUAAAUACAGGCAAAUGCAUUAACUUAUUCACUGGUAGCUCUGGACAAAUCUCAAAUAUCCAAUAUAGACCAGAAGGCUUGGCUGACUUUGCAUUAUCCUAUGAAGAUUCAGAUGUCAAAAUUGAUGAGCAAGACGUGAGGCCAGAAAGCGAUAUUGAUUCCUUAUUCGGAGAUAGUGAUAAUGAAAAUAAUGAAGAUAGAAAAAAUAUUGAAUCACUGGAUAAGUCUAAUUCAUCAAAAUUAGUAACUAAUGAUUCUAAAGCAACAAAUAAAACAUUUAGUAACGAUUCAAUAUUUAUGAGUUCAAGUAUUGAUGGUACUAUUAAUCUUUGGGAUGUUAGAGUUUCAAACACAACUAGUAGUCCUGUAUUAAGGUUGGGGGUCUCGGAGGGUAUUCCUCCUUGGUGUAUGUCGUCUACAUGGUCUAAUUGUGGUGAAUAUAUCUAUGCUGGUAGAAGAAACAGUACAGUUGAAGAAUUCUCAAUUAAAAUGCCACAUAAAAGAUCAAAGUCAGGUCAUAAUAAAGAUACUAUGGUUCCAAAUGUUCUGAAAUUGUUGCAGUUUCCUAAAAUAUCAGGUCCUGUUAGUGCCAUAUCUACACUUCCGAACAAUGAUUUCAUUUUAUGUGGGUCAAACGAUAAUAUCAGAUUAUAUAAUUUGAACCUCUAUAACGAUUUGUCUAAUACGUCCAGCACAACGAAUAAGAAGCCUGCAACACCUUUCAUGAUUAUACCAGGUCAUCACGGUGGUAUACUAAGCUCUUUGUAUGUGGACGGGACAGGUAGAUUUAUGGUAAGUGCUAGUGGUAAUAGAGGAUGGGGACAUGCAAAUUUCACAGAUUCUGUGUUAAUUUAUGAAAUCGAUUUUGAAAAUGAUAAUUAG